AGUGUGAUUUUGCAUCUUCAUGUGGUUGCACGUGCAAAAAAAGUCCCAUACUCUCAGUGCUCUCCCAAGUGUUUGGGGUGUCUCUCUCUCUGAAGUAGUUUGUUCCCAUAUAUAGGCACACAUUUUGGGGUAAAUUGUCAAGUGUGUGCGAUUAGGUAAAGGAUCAUUGGGACAAUUUUAUUUGAGGACAAUGAUCAAUUGUGGGGUGUUUUGUGUGUUUUUCCGUGGGAAAUGAGCCAAUUAGGGCAGAGGACUGUCGGUGGUAGAGUGACAAUUGGUGCUAAUCCGUGGAUUACACAAUACUACAAUGGAUAUCAAGAUCGGAUUAAGUGCUGCAGUAAACUGGACAAUACCAAUUCAGUGUAGAUUUGUAUAAAUUUUUUGGGAGAUUUACUGAACUUGCGUGAUUCCCACACGCCCAUUGCGGAAUUUACCCUCAAAAAAAAAAGAAGGAAAAGAAAUCUCGACGCAAAUGCGUGUGUGCGAGAAAAUGGAGAAAUAUCUUCAUCACACCAUCAAAUUUGGGGUGUUCAUCGCAAUUUUGGGCCUCGCAUUUCAAGCUCAAAUGUGUUUUGCCGAGAAUGAAUCCGCCGCCAAUCUUCAGCCCUACUUUGACUUUAACGUUCAACGGAAUGUUACGGUCAUCGUGGGUCAGACAGCUUUUCUCCAUUGCAACGUUGAGCGUCUCGGUGAUAAGGAUGUCUCCUGGAUACGAAAGAGGGAUCUUCACAUCCUCACAGCGGGAAGGCUGACCUACACAUCCGAUCAACGAUUCCAGGUUAUUUAUCGAAGGCACAAUUCCACGCAGUGGAAUUUAAUGAUAAAAUACCCCCAAAUGCGAGAUAGUGGGGUGUAUGAGUGCCAGAUCAACACGGAGCCAAAGAUGUCCUUGUCGUAUACCUUAAAUGUUAUUGAACUGAAAGCUGAUAUAUUGGGUCCAUCAGAUAUCUACGUGAAAUCUGGCAGUGAUAUUGAUCUAAUUUGUAAACUAUCACACCGUUUGGCGGAAGGUGGGAAUGUAUUCUGGUACAAAGACAGUGAUAUUUUGGAGGCAGCAACAAAUGCAAAUGAAAUUUCCAGUGAUACCUCCAGGAGGAUUACAGUGGACACCGACUGGGCUGAUGGAUUAACUUCCAGGGUGACUAUUCGACGGGCUGUCCAGAGUGACACUGGGAAUUACACGUGCUCCCCUUCCAUUGCACCACCUGCUCAAGUCUACGUUCACGUGAUUAUCGGCGAACACCCCGCAGCGAUGCAACAUAACUCAACACCACCGCAGCACGUCUCAUUGUGGUGCACCCUCUUCCUCAUUGCAGUGAUCCUAGCUAAUUUACGUCUAGCGGACAACAGAUGAAAGUGCGGAGGUGUUGUUAACUUGGUGUAGAAUGGAUCAACAUAAAUUUAGGAUUUGUGAACUCACCCCCCAUGCAAUCAAGUGUAUGCGUGUAGGGGUGGUUGCGUGAGAAUGUGUGACCCUCGUGAGAAGGAAAAUAUAAAUUGAAUUUCGCAUAUGUGAUCAUUUAGGCAAGGUAUAAUAGCUGUGAGUGUUUUUGAGCACUCAAAGUGCUACAAGAAAAGUUAUAUAUGAAGUGAAUUUGUUGGGUGCAGUGUGUUGCGUUAUCAGAAGUUGAUUGUGUACAUUUUCUCGUGGCAAAAAGACUGAAACAAAUGACUUUAUGAAGUUGAAUUAUAUAGUUUAUCUUGAGUUAAUAUAUCUCCCAUCUAUCCCCUCACCACUUUUGACCACAUCAGAGUAUUUAACAUCCCCCGUUGGCUAUUCAAGAGUGCUUAAGAACACUUAAUCUCCACUUCACUACCCCCACUGGCAUUUAAAAUGAGAUUGGGAAUUUCAAACUUUCUCAAAUCACAUUUAAUAGGUGAAGUUUUAAGAAUUUUAAUUUGUUUAAAAAAAAAGAUGAAAAAAAUAUACGAAAAGAGUAAAUAGUUUUAUACUUUAAAUUCACUUUCAACACAGCGUUGUAAAAAAAAAACAGAUAAUACACACAUAGGAGAAUAAAAUGUAGAGAUAUUUUUAUUGUCUCUAUAUUAGAGAUAGAAAAUACCGAAGACAUUGAUGGAGUGAAGUCGUGUAUAAAAAAAAAGUAUAACACUAAGUUACUUAAUAAAAGAGAUUAAGAAAGAAAAAUCGAAAGAAA